AUGACCACGCCCACCAUGGCACAGCCCACGGCUAUCCACGCCAACGGCACCUCGGAAUCCCCCACCCUUGACAAAGCGCAACCUGUUGCUUCGGGAAAGCGAAAACGCGAUGUAGAAGAAGAGGACCGCGAUGAGGAUAUGAUUUCUCCAGAGCAAAAACCUGCCAUCACCAAUGGCAAUGGCGAGCCUAAGAAGGACCAACGCGACUUGAUAAAAUCUUUCGUUGACGUUCUCAGCAGCUACGACGUCGCUCCCUCCAUCCUCAAGCGCCCCUUGCCCGAGACAUCUGAUGACGAUGAGGAAGGUCAUCCAGCGAAGCGCCAAAAGUCGACCGAAUUAUCCACCAUUUCCGACAAGGCUGCCGGCAAUGCGUACGAGGACCUCGACCAAGUGGCCAAUGACCUGGUUUCUGCAAUCUCAGUCGCUCUGAAGGAUCUCAAGUCUCAAUCGGUCGAGGAUAAGAAGGAGUCGACCAAUGAAACGUCAAGAAGACAAAUUACAGAGUUCAAGGAUAAGGCCAUGGAGCUUCUCCGACGAGAGAAGGCCUACCCAAAGACUUCAGCCGAUCCUCUCCCCGUUGAGGCCAAGCUUCCAUCAUCUCCUCAGAAGGGAGAGUUGGUACUGUCUGUUGUCGGAUAUGCCCCUCAGGAGAAGAGACUGUUCUCCAGUCUGUCAGUUUCCGAUGAGAGCAAAUUGCGAGAUGUGUCCCUGCCUCCUGGUGUAUCAUUAACUCACCUUAUGCCCUCGACUCCCCACGAACGAACACAGACUCUCGGAGACCUGUUCUCGUCGCCUAGAUCUCUGCCGCCUCUCCAACCCCCCAAGCAGCCCAAGACGCAAGCAAAAGGCAACGCGCUGGACUUCUACCAUCCAGAACUGACAGACAAUUGCAAGUUCCGAAAUGCCUCUUACUUCACUACCAAAUUGGCUGCAGGAUCUUACCUCGACUACAGUAAUGCGACCCCCUCAUCACAAACAAUGAACAAGCAACGAGAACGCGCGCAAAGUCUGGCGGGGAAGCGACCUUCAACUACUGAGCUUGAGAUUCACGAGAUGGAAUCACUUUUCCGGGGCGCGUUUUCCAGUUUUGCGCCAUGCAAGGACGACUCAGGAGCGCUUGUGCCGUCGAAUGUUGCGGGUCGAAUGUGGUGGCAGCGAUCAGGUCACCGGCAUUUCCAGAACAUGAUCGAGGUCGAAUACUAUGGUGGCACUGACAAUGAGGAGAAGGAUGACAAGGAAAAUGCCCUUGAUGUCGAUGAAAAGGCUAUCCAAGAAGCGCUUGAUAGCUGGGAUGAAUCUGUCGUCGAUCCGUCGCUCGAAGAGGCUUUGGGUACGAAGAGGGCAGAUGAGGAGAAGGAAGUUGACGAGAUUCUGGAAGAGGUCAGCGACAUGAUUGAGACCCUGUCCUCGUAUCAGCGCAUCCGAAACCUUAAUCUCCCCAACUCGCAAAACCGUUCAUCGAGCGACCCGGUUACUGGCGACAUGUUGGCUACUCCUGGGCCUACUCCUUCGGAGGGCGAGCAGGCUACUUACCAAGUGCUCAAGGCACAGCUCGCACUAAUUAUCAAGACGCUGCCGCCGUACGCAGUUGCCAAAUUGAACGGAGACCAACUGGAGGAUCUUUUGAUCAGCACCAAGGUUCAAGUUCAAACCGAUCAGUACAAGGGUGUUAUGGAAGAGGAUGAGGCGGGUGUACAGGCUCGUAUGAGAGCUCAGCAACAGGCUGCUCAAGCCAAUGCUCGACCGCCCCCGCAACGCACGCCUAGCAUCUCAGGCGUUUCCUAUGGACACCAUACACCACAGAAUCAGUACGGAACCCCUCAACGAACCCCUUCUAUGUCGCAGCAGCAAUACUAUCGACCUGGCCCCACGCCCAGCUUCCAAACCCAACCACGACCUAUGCCCGCUCAGCCCCGACCUCCUCAACCUAACCAGUACUCUCGACCCAACGGCUAUCCUGCCCAGUAUGCGACACAGGUUGCUAAGGCGCAAACCCCAUACGGCCACCAGAACAUGCCUCAGUAUGCUUCUCAGCAAAGACCUUCAUUCGGGCAGCUGCCAGCUCAGCCGGGAACUCCUACUGCGCGAUUCCCUUUCCAACCAGGCUUUCCUCAGCAACAAGCCGCUACACCUACGCCCAACUUUGGGGCAUACACGAACGGACAAGCUAUUCCGCAGCGUACGAUGUCUCCUGUAGUUAACAGACAGGCAUACAGCUCGUCGCCUAAUAUGCAGCAGCCUCCUCGAUAUGGCACGCCGAAUCAGGCUGUGGGAAAUCAAAUUAACAGGUACCCGAGCAAUCCCCCUCAACAAGGAACGCCUGCUCAAAACCCUGGACUUACAGGAUACCACACCGUUAUCCCUGAGGCUCAGCAACAGAGGAUUCUCGAUCAAGCCAAGGCUCGGGUCGCCGCCCAAGAGCGCUCUGCCAUGUUCACUGACAAGAUUGCUCAGCCUGGCACACCUGGUUAUGCCGGAGGUAUGGGCCAGGCCGGAGUCAUGGAUGCCAGCAGACUCGCAGCUGCUCGGGCGAGUAUCGCCGCUCAGCAGAAGCCUCCGACUCCCAAUUCUCAACGAUCGAUGAACGGGACACCUGGACCGCCACCUCCGCAUAAAGUGACGCCUGUCCCGGUCCCACCAAUCCCAGGUAUGCAGCAUAAGCCAUCACAAUAG